UUUCACUAAUCCAAUAGCGCACCUUGCGUGUUUGUUGUGGAAAAAUAGUAAAAACUGACUCUUCUUGUAUCAAAAGGUUUUUGCAGAUUCAAAGCAGAAUAAGUAAAUCCCGCUCUCUUGAAUACUGUAUACAAAGAAAGAGGGAAGAGUUUUUGCAUUUUAUUCGUAAGAGCAGAAGAAGAAAAGAGAAGACAGUCUGAAGGGCAAGUUGGUGGAGAGAUGGAUUCGAAGAGGACAGAAAGUACAUCAGCACCGCCGCCAGUCCUUAGAAAAGACCCCUAUGAAGUGCUGUCCGUAUCAAGGGAUUCUACUGAUCAGGAGAUUAAAAGUGCUUAUAGAAAACUUGCUCUCAAGUAUCAUCCAGAUAAAAAUGCCAGUAAUCCUGAAGCUUCAGAGCUUUUCAAGGAGGUUACAUAUUCCUACAGUAUAUUAUCUGACCCUGAGAAGAGAAGGCAAUAUGACAGUGCAGGUUUUGAGGCUGUGGAUGUUGAAAGUGUGGACAUGGAAAUUGAUUUGUCAAAUCUGGGAACUGUCAAUACUGUGUUUGCUGCAUUAUUCAGCAAGCUUGGUGUCCCAAUCAAGACUACAAUUUCUGCUAAUGUUCUUGAAGAAGCUCUCAGUGGAACUGUCACAGUCAGACCCCUCCCUGUUGGUACAUCAGUUAGUGGGAAGGUGGACAAACAAUGUGCCCACUUCUUUGGCGUGACAAUAGAUGAGCAACAAGCUGAGGCAGGGAUUGUUGUGAGAGUAACUUCAACUGCACAAAGCAAAUUUAAGUUGCUUUAUUUUGAGCAAGAAGCUAAUGGUGGCUAUGGUUUGGCCUUACAGGAAGAUAGUGAGAAGACUGGCAAGGUGACAUCCGUAGGGAUGUAUUUCUUACAUUUUCAAGUGUACAGAAUGGAUUCAACUGUGAAUGCGUUAGCUAUAGCUAAGGAUCCCGAUGCUGCUUUCUUUAGAAGGUUGGAAGGUCUUCAACCUUGUGAAGUUUCAGAACUGAAAGCUGGGACUCAUAUAUUCGCAGUUUAUGGAGAUAAUUUUUUCAAGACUGCUAGCUACACAAUUGAGGCACUUUGUUCAAAGACAUAUGAAGAUACCACAGAGAAGCUCAAGGAUGUUGAGGCUCAAAUUCUUAGAAAAAGAAAUGAGCUACGCCAAUUUGAGACAGAGUACAGAAAGGCUUUGGCACGCUUCCAGGAAGUAACCAACAGAUACAGCCAGGAAAAGCAAUCUGUAGAUGAGCUGCUGAAACAGCGGGAUAGCAUACAUGCCUCUUUCACCGUAACCAGGACGGUGAGCUACUUAAGUAAUGGAAGUACGAGCAAACUUCUUGGUGAUGAUUCAAAAGCCGGGAGUCCAGUGGAAGAUGGAAUCUCUGAUGGAAAGGAUAAAUCAUCCAAAAAGAAAUGGUUCAACUUGAGCCUUAAAGGGUCCGAAAAGAAGUAGACUUCAAAAGGUAUUUAGAUGAUUUUGUAUUGUUUCGAGGGAUUUGACUGGAUAUCCAUUAUUGGAUUGAAGUACUUGGAUCAUCCACUUAGCACGCAGAGACUUGCGCCUUAUACUUUUUGUUUGAUAUUUUUUCCCUCUUUAGGUUUUACUGAGGUGGUUUAUUAAUGGCUUUUUCUGAUAUGUAUCUGUAAUUUUCAUAGUUUGUAUGUAACAGUAUGUAUAGUUUUAGUUCAAAUUCGCCCAUCUUCCUAGUUCAUGUAAAACCUGAACAUUUGUUGUACUGCAUCCAGUGAAAUAAAACCCUUUUUUAUCAAA